UUACUGCGCUGACUGCAUAGCCAGAAAUUUUCCUCGUCUGUAUAGAGUUCCGGUCUGUAGUAAUAUUCGUUCUAAUAAAAAAAGUUCCGACAAUGGAUUCUUGAAUUAGAAGCAUUUUGAAGAGAGAACGUUUAAAAAACAAUCCAAAAUCCGUUUGUGAAUAAUCUUUGAGAAGCUUGCAUGCGCUGGUCACAGAAAGCAAUUCAAACUUAAAUUAGCGAGUUAGGAAACUGCAAUGGAAAUAUUAGGGAGCACGUUUGAUGAUUCUGUUUUUGAAGAAUCCAGAAAUAAGAUCUCCAUUUCUCUUCCAUCUUAUAACGCAAAAUUAUGUGAACCAGAGUGGUUUUGUGAAAGCAUUACCACAGAGGAUGAGUUGGAGAAACAGAAAGGCUUCAAAUUUCGGGCAGAGCUGGCUUACAGUCGAAAAGACUAUCAGACAGCACUGGGAGAUUACUCCAUAUGUCUCGCCUUGGUGCCAGAGGGCAACCUCACCAUCAGACGCGACGUUUUGGAGGGCCAGGCGCGAUGCUGCUGCUACCUUGGCAGACGGGAAGAGGCAUUGGAGAUAAUCGACAAACUAAAAAAAGAAGCAACCAACACUUGCCACCUGACCUGCGUUUUAAACCUGGAGCUGGCCAUCAGUCAACACUUCGGGGAACUCCGGGAGGAGAUAUCAGUGCUGCAGCACCUCAUUUCCCUCCAUCCCUACAACCCCUGGGAGUGGAAGAAGCUGGCAGAGGCAUCUCUCAGGCUUCUGCAGUCCCUCUUAGCUGCCUCCAGCUCUGGCGUGCACUUCCUUGGAGAUGGACAAGAAGAGAGAACAGACUGUGAGGGGUCCUCAAACCUGCCAGAGAGGAACCAUCAAAACUCAAAGACGGGUCCUGGGGAGCAUACAGAGGGAAGGGGAAGAUGUGUUGGGCUGGGCUGUACACAGAGGGACAGCGCUGGAGCCCAUUGUGUGGCAGGCCAGAUCAGCACCAGAACGCAGGAUCAACACAAGGAAGAGUGUGAAAGUGUGUGGCUAAAGGCAUGCAUGUGCUUCAUCAGAACCAGGCUUCUCCUCCGGAUGCUGCGCUUCCAGCAGUCUUCCUUUGUGCUGAAGAGCAGCGAGAGGGCUGUGCUGGCAGCUGAAGAGGCACUGCAGUGGUUGGACCCACAGGAGAGCACACAUCAGCUCAUCACCGAGGUCAUGGGGAAGGAUCUGGUUGCCGAGAAGAUGAGAGAGGAUAACCAGGACGGCGAGAGUUUGGCUGGUCUGUGCAUCUCAGACUUUGAGGAGAAGUGGUUUAACAAAGUUAAACAGACAGUCCUGCUGAUUGAUGACUCAUUGAAUAGAGCAGCUCAUCUAAAGACGCUAAAGGUCACAGCGCCCCUCGUGGAGUAACCGAGUCAGCAUGUCUCCCCAGAGAAGACUUCCU